AUUGUGUCACUUAUAAAGCCCAAAUCUCUCAACACCAACUCACAGUGCUAGCACCCUCAAAUGUUUUGGAUAAUGAAAAGAGAUUUUUGUGAUAUUUCUGGUCUACGGCUAAAAAAUAUCUUUUGAUUCAGUCUCGGUCAUCUUUUGCUUUAAUGUUCGGUUUCAGUACCGGGGAGGCACAGAGGGACCAUCUUUGAUUGACAAGUCUCAAGAAUUUUUGCAGCGAAGCGGUCCCUGAUUCCGAUAACAACUCUCCCCACGAAAUCCAAUUCAGUAUUUCUCUCUCUGUUUGGUUCAUUUGCUUGUCUUUUUGACAGAGAAGAAUACCUUCCAUGGCACAAGACAUUCGCCUUCACUCUUCGGAGACCAAAAUAAAGUAGAAAUUUUCUCAUCCUCCUUACUGGCCGCUAGUGGUCUCCAGUUUAAGCUUAAUUUUUCAGUAAAUCUGAGUUUGGCGGCGGAGUGGUUGCAAUAGUAGCAAUGAUGGUGAACGUGACGCAUCGGCGGCUGCUAGAUUCAGAUCAGCUAAGCGUGCCACCGGUGGAUGCCAACGGAACACACGAUUCGUAUAUAAACGAGAUCAAUUUCGACACAAAUAUGGUCAUAAUAAUGGCCGCCUUAUUGUGUGCCCUAAUUGGCGCACUCGGCCUCAAUUCAAUCGUUCGUUGCGCUCGACGUUUUAGUCACAGAUUUUCCGCGGAGACUCCGGAACAAGCCGCGGCGCGAUUAGCCUCGACGGGACUGAAUAAGCGAGAUUUGAAACAGAUUCCGGUGGCGGUUUACGGCGGAGCAGGAGUUAGUGUUACGGCCACAGAGUGUGCGAUAUGUUUAGGUGAGUUUGUGGAUGGAGAGAAAGUGAGAGUACUGCCAAAAUGUAAUCACGGAUUCCAUGUGAGGUGCAUUGACAGAUGGCUUGUUUCACACUCUUCGUGCCCGAAUUGUCGGCAUUCGUUGCUUGAGAAGCACACAACGACAUCUUCAGCGGCGGCAGAGGAAGUUUCUUCAGAGAGAUCUAAUGGGGCCAGUCGGCAAGGUGAUGUCGUCGUAGUUGUUGAAGGGACAGGUUGAAUCAUUGCCUCCAUGAUGUCAUUCUCCCUUCACUGAAACAUACAAGCAGAGAAGCAGCAGACAGCCACCAUGGAAGAUCAAAGUCCACAGAAAAAUCACGAACUACCUCAGACUUAUGAUAUGGAUUUCUGCAGCUCUUAUCCCAGUUAUCCUAAUUCACGGGGAAUUUAGGAAUUCACUUGAAUUAUGUUCGUCCGAUCCAAAUGUUGGGAUUUUUAUCAUUUUCGUUUCAGAUUCGAAGUAGAAGGAGUCGUACCUGCUCGGAUGUUUCACUGAUUUUCCAUUCUGGUAAGGUUACGCGAUUUUAUACUCAAAAGUGAAAUCCGAAUAUAGAACUUCAACUCCCGUUCAAGAACGGAGGAUGUUCAGAUCCAAAUUUUCCAGAGCCGCUGAGAGAUUGAGGACCCGACGAAACUUCUGCUCCGAUUACGAAGAAGGUCCAGCCCAGUUGUGAACUUAAAUGGGCAAUCGCUUUCAAUUGUGGGCUAAGCCCACAGACAAAAAGGCUCUAUAUAGGGGCCCAUGAGUAAUGUACAAUGCCGGCCCAAUGAGACUGAACAGUAAAAGGUGUGGGAAACUUGGGGAGCAAUGGUGAGAAAUUCUCCACGCGUACAGUCGAGCGUGGAGUGCUGUUCAGAACUAGAAAGAUAUUGUCAGUGGGUCCCAUGUAAGCUUAAAAUCGUGGUACUUGGGCGGUUGAUCGUUCCCCAGCCGUGAAUCCAACGGCAGUGAUUAAAAGUCAAAGACCUGUAUUGAUAGGGUUGUUUGACCACCAUGAGAACACAUUUGUUUUAUAGUAAUAACAAAAUUUCUAAACUUUGACCAGUUGGUCCCUUCCAACGAGGUGUUUUUCCUUGAA